UGAUAUUGGGCAUGAUGUCCGCGGAAGUCAUCCACCAGGUUGAAGAGGCGCUUGACAAAGAUGAGAAGGAGAUGCUUCUGUUUCUGUGCCGGGACGUCACCGCAGACGUGGUUACACCUAAUGUCAGGGACCUUCUGGAUGUCUUAAGUGAGAAAGGCAAGCUGUCAGAUGAUGGCUUGGCUGAGCUGCUCUACCGGGUGAGGCGCUUCGACCUGCUUAAGCGGAUCCUGAAGGUGGACAAGACGGCGGUGGAGGCUCACCUGCGCAGGAACCCACCUCUGGUUUCCAACUACAGGGUGCUGAUGGCAGAGAUUGGUGAGGACUUGGAUAAAUCCGAUGUUUCCGCAUUAAUUUUCCUCAUGAAGGAUUACAUGGGCCGAGGCAAGAUAGCCAAGGAGAAGAGUUUCUUGGAUCUUGUGGUUGAACUGGAGAAACUAAAUCUGGUUGCUCCCAAUCAAUUGGAUUUAUUAGAAAAAUGCCUAAAGAGCAUCCACAGAAUAGACCUGAAGACAAAAAUCCAGAAGUACAAGCAGUCUGCUCAAGAAGCAGAGACAAAUUAUAUGAAUGUUCUCCACGCGUCUCUCCCAAACACGAAUCUCAAGGAUCCUUCUUAUAACUUCAGGCUCCAGAAUGGAAGAAGAAAAGAACAAAGACUUGUGGAACAACUUGGCCUUCAAAGAGAACCAGCGAAGACAUCCAUUCAGGAAUCAGGAGCUUUUUUGCCUCAGCAUGUGCCUGAAGAGAGAUACAGAAUGCAGAGCAAGCCCCUAGGAAUCUGCCUGAUAAUUGAUUGUGUUGGCAAUGACACAGAGACCCUUCGAGAGACCUUCACUUCCCUGGGCUAUGACGUCCAGAGUUUCUUUUAUCUCAAUGUGGAUGAUAUGACCCAGAUUCUCCACCGGGUUGCCCGCAUGCCCCAGCACCGAGACUACGACAGCUUUUUGUGUGUCCUGGUGAGCCGAGGAGACACCCAGAGUCUGUUUGGUGUGAGCCAGACUCACUUGAGGCUCCCCCUGUACCAGAUCAGGAGGAUGUUCAUGGGAGACGUGUGCCCUUCUCUAGUGGGGAAGCCAAAGCUCUUCUUCAUUCAGAACUACGUGGGGUCAGAGGACCGACGGGAGGACAGCAACUUCCUGGAGGUGGAUGGGCCAGCGGUAAACAGCCUGGAGCCCAGGGCACUGCAGCCCGGUCCCUGCACAGUGCACCCAGAAGCCGACUUCCUCUGGAGCAUGUGCACGGCAGACGUAGCCCUGCUGGAGAGAAGCUCCGGGUCUCCCUCCCCAUACCUGCAGUGGCUGUCCCAGAAGCUGAGGCAAGAAAGAAAACACCCUCUCCUGGACCUCCACGUUGAACUCAAUGGCCACAUGUAUGAUUGGAACAACAAAGUUUCUGCUAAGGAAAAGUGCUGUGUCAUGCUACAGCACACUCUGAGAAAGAAACUCAUUUUCUCGUACAAAUAA